CAAGAAUGUCACUUACUUUUCCUUCACUCUCGAGUUCUGUGAAAACUGUCGACUACGUUCAAUUUAAAACGAGGGAUUGUUUCAAUGAUUUUGUACUUUGGGACAUUUGUUGAAGAAUUGACUAUAAAAAAAACCUGACUAUUGGAUUCAUUUUACAAGGCAAGUCAAACUCAGGUUAGCUGUGAUACCCGCAGCAAAAACAAGUUUACAUGAGCCAAAAUAAGUGUGAAUAAUGGAUACCACUCCCAAAGCAGUUACAUUAAAACCAGCGUACUCUACACCUUGUUAUUCAGUCGACUCAAGCCCCACCGAGUUUAAAGAGGAAAACCAUCGCCAUAAGCUAAGUGCCUCCUUGAAAGAGAGACUAAAGAGAUCUCGCCGCUCCUUCAUCUCCCCCCUGCCUGUGGCCAAACGCCUCUGUGUGGAUGAUGCAGAGACGGAUGGCCAACAGGUUUCAGCAGACUCCAAGGGGGGAAAUACUGAUCCAUCAGAUGCUGCACAGACAAUUGAUGAAAACAGGAAUGUAAGUUCAGGGAGUGAGCGGCUUCCUGGACCUGUGGCCAAACCUACACUUGUCCCUUCAGAAGAAUUAGUACAACGACUGAAGAAGGAGGUUAAAGAAAAAACAGAAACCCUGCGUCGACUUAAGAUGGUUAAAAUGUACAGGUGUAAGAAUGAUCUAGCACAGCUCCAAACUCUGAUUGACAAGUGGCGGAGUUGUGCUCAGGCUGCGUUGUAUGAGCUCCAGAUUGAUGCCCCCAUAGAUGGACGAAAGGCCGACCUGUCUGAGCUUAUGGACCUCUUCGGUCUAGAAGAUGGUAUUCUACAAUUUGACCGCACAGAAGACGACUUCACUACUUAACAUGCUUUGGAUGACAUCAGUCAUACUGCAGAAGAGCAAUCGGACUCAGAAUAUUAUGCAUUCACUCAUUGUUUUAUUUGUUGUUACCAAAGUUGUUAUUCACAGCAGAUAUGGUUCACAGUCUGUUCAUUUCUUAAGAGAAGUAUUAAUAAAACGAUUUUGGUGUUUUCUGUUGAAGAAAAGGCUUUGCUUAGUUGUCGUUCAUCUCAGGGAGUGAAGGGAAGUUCUUCAUCCUCAGACGCUCAAGUUCCGCCCAGAGGGCAGCCAGGUCCUCCUCCUGUGCCCCGGCAAGGUCCUUCAAGUUGCUCAUCUGAACAAUCUCCUGGUAACGCUCUUCUGUUUCAGCUGCUUCACUGUCUUCAGGAGCUAAACACCAACAAAUCCAUGUGACUACCUAGAAAUGGUUUGAAAUUAUCUUUGCCGAGUGCAUAUGUAAAAAUGAAAUGACUGUUUCACCUGCUGCUUCACAGAUGUGUCUCAGCUCCGCUACAGUCACCUGCAUUUCAGGAUGCUGCUGCUCUAAAGUGGCAUUCUUCCUUUCUUUUGAGUCCGCCUUUUUGUUAAUCCAUUCGAUCUUUUCCAUGCGUUGCUCCACACAUCGUUGAUUGGCCUGUAAUUGAGAUUAUACGUGUAUUUCCAUGCAAGUAUUGUCAGCAUACAUCACAGAUCUGACUGAUGACAUCACACUUUGGCAUUACUCUUCUUACCUUCUCCAUUAAAGCAAUACUUUCCUCCAAAUUUGAAACUUUGUCGGACAUGCGACUGGCAUGUUGGGCCUUGUUGUAAUGCUAAAAAGAAAUGAGAAUAGUUGACCUGUAAAAACAAAAGCUGCUGGAUAUUGUUCCAACUGGAUUUUAUGUAUUUUAUCAAAUAUCCUAACUUGUAUACCCACUCUAUUUCGGUUGAUUAAUGGUCAUGCAAAAUAUGUCGCAAAACCCCUUUUAAUAGAAGAUGGAUCAGGAUGGAUUUAUUUAUAUUCUCAUAGUUUUGAGAGUUUAAACAAUGUCAGGAAGCUGAAAGCUGCACCACACCAGAGCUACCUGAAACUUGCCAGAGGAAACUGGCAUUAUAGCAGGGAAACUUUGCUUACUCAUUUGUUAAAAAUACAGUUACACGUGACUAAUUUGGUCUGCAUUCUACUUCUUUAACCAUUUCAACUCUGACUAUCUUUUUGUAAUGUUUUAUAUCAUUAAGGGGUUAAGAGCAAAAUAAUGACAAUGAGUGUGGCUGGUGUCUGAUUAA